GAAAUAUGCUGAUCUGUGGAGAUGUAAGUUUGGCAUUCCCCAUCUCUGUUCGUUCCAUUGAUGCCCAAAAAUGAAGAAAUAUUUUGGCCUUCGGGGCUCGUCGCUCAAUAGAGCAAUUGUGUUUCUGGUUGUGUGGCCGGCGUUUGGUUGUUAUGCGUACAAUCUGGCAGUGAUGGGGGGGUUAUUGACCCUCAACUCCUUUAUUGAGACAUUCCCCCUGUUGAAUACAAUCACUACUACGGGCGCCGAACAACAUUAUAACUCCCAAAUCCUAGGAACCGUCAUGGGCCUGUAUAAUAUAGGGGGAAUUUUCGGCUCUUUAUUAUGCAUCUAUUUCGGCGAUCGCUUGGGACGUAGGCGUGUCAUCGCCAUUGCUGCCUCGGUAGCCAUGAUCGGUGCAAUUCUGAUGGCAACGGCAUUCGGAACUGCCCAACUUAUAGUUGCCAGGCUAGUACUUGGUCUGGGAACCGGCGGGUACCUGGCAACAGUCCCUGUCUGGCAAUCAGAACUCUCGCGCGCAAGUGAUCGUGGAGCCAGCCUAGUCGCCAACACGGCCUUCAUCGGAUCUGGUAUCAGUCUUGCCUUGUUCCUCGAUCUCGGAUUUUACUUCGUCGGAUCGAAUUCCGUAUCGUGGAGAUUCCCGUUUGCCUUUCAAAUCGUGCUACUACUCAUGGUAGCAGGCUUUGUAGCAUUCCUACCUGAGUCCCCACGUUGGCUAGUCAAACAGGGUCGUUGCGAUGAAGCGCGUGAGAUUCUAGCCCUAUUAUUGGACGUUGAGCCCGACUCGGACGCGAUUAAUUUCGACAUUCGUGACAUGGAGGCUUCGCUAUCUGUCUCUUCGUCCGAAUCCAGGUGGGGCGUGUUCAAAAUGGGCAGGCAACGAACCAUGCAUCGAACCAUCCUCGCGUCUGCCGGCCAGUUUUUCCAGCAGCUAUGCGGUAUUAACGCAAUUACUCUCUAUACGACGACUCUGUUCGAAGGAUUCCUGGGAAUGGAUCCAGUAAAUGCUCGUAUCUUGUCUGCAUGCAUUGGCUUUGCCGACAUAGCAGGUGGAGUUGUUGCAUAUUUCACUAUUGAGCGCCUAGGACGCCGAAUCCUCAUGAUAUGGACCUCAAUAGGCUUGUGUAUCUGCAUGGCGAUCCUUGCUGGCACCACUUCGAACCCUGGCAACAGCGGCGCGCUAAUCGUGGCUGUUGUCUUUGUCUAUAUGUUCGAGGGCAUAUUCUCGAUCGGCUUUUCGGGUCUACCAUACCUAUACGCCGCCGAGGUCGCGCCCCUACAACAUCGCGCGGCAACCAAUGCCAUCUCCACUGCGACUGUGUGGGCAUUUAGCUUCAUGGUGGCGGAGGUGACACCAGUUGGCCUAAACACCAUCAAGCACAAGUAUUUUAUCAUCUAUGCCGUUUUCAACGCCGCCAUCGCGUUGCUUGUGUACUUCUGCUUCCCCGAGACGAAGGGCCGCACGCUCGAGGAAAUAGACGAGAUCUUUUUGCAGUCCAACAAUAUUUUCGACCCUCCACGCGUGGCUCGCAGGCUGCCUAGACUGCACCUUUCUGAAGAAGUAGAUCAAAAGCGGAGUUUGAGUGAGGAGAGGGGCGCACACGCGUUGAAAGAGCUAUGAGUCAUUUGCUAGAUCGAAGAUGUGGUUGUGUUAUUGUCUUCUUUUUCUUUUCUCUGCACAAGGAGCUUCCCCUUUCGAGACGUGCCUUCAUAGCGAACGCUUGAUAUAUCAUAGUAUUCGUGGCUUUGCUCCUUAAGCGUAGCAGAAUUGAACGUACUGUAUUCAAGUUGCUAUAUUCAGCAUUCCUUGGGAAGCUGCCUGUGAAAUAGGAUGUGAAUAAGGCUGCCAUGAAGUGGAAGGCGGGAUAACCCUUCGGAGGCUUAAAGAGUAUUUAUACUCUUUUGAUAAAACUAAUAAGGCGGGAUGGCCCGACCCCGAGCACAGCAUAACGCUGUUGUCCGUGCAGAUCAUGAUUCGCGCCCCCACUCACCAUAUCACGCAUCCACUGAUCUACCCAGGCAUAGCAAAAGAGUGUAAAUACUCCUUACCCAAUGG